CUUCCUCACUGCAUCGUGUGUUCAAUAAAUAAACAAUAUUAUCACACUCGACUCAAUUGAGUUACAAAGAGACAAAACAACAACUAUAUAAAUAUAAAUAAAAAAUAAACGAUGUAAAAAAAGAAGAAAAAGGUGAGUAACUGAUUAGGGUUUUUUUUUGCAUCUAGAUUUUCCACAUUCUGUUCUCUGUUCACACUUCACUCUCACAACAACAACAACCAGAUCCAUAUUUGUGUCAGCAAAAGCAACUAUGUUAUUGUAUUAGUUAAGACAACAGUGUGUGUCUGGAAAGAGUGUGGGAAUUAGCUGAGAAGAAUAAGGAACAAGAGGAUGUCGAGUAGUAGGGAUACUCAUUGGUGUUAUAAUUGCAUGAAGUCGGUUCGAUUGGGACGACGACGUGCGGUUUGCUCUGGUUGUGACGGGGGAUUUGUUCAAGAUCUCGAUGAUAUGGUUCAUGGUAGCCCUCCAGACUUUCAUGGAGUGGACAGCGAUGAAGAAUUUGGACAAAGGUAUGGACUCAUGGCUGAAAAUAUCAGGGCACGAUCGGAUUCAGUUCCCGAAAACGGUCCAAGGUUUACUACUCCUUUGUUAAUCUAUGGUGGCCAAAUUCCAUCCAGGUUUUCUAGACAAGGCGGCAUUGAAGCUCUCUUAAACGGGACUCCAGGAGUUGGUGUGACAAGAGAUAACUCGGGUGACUAUUUUAUAGGUCCUGGAGUUACAGAACUGUUUGAACAGCUUUCGGCUAAUGACCAGCGAGGUCCCCCUCCUGCAUCGCGGUCUUCCAUAGCUGCAAUACCUACUGUUAAGAUUGCGUCAAAGCAUCUUCAGUCGGAUCCAUCAUGUCCGGUAUGCCAAGAUGACUUUGAGCUGGGGUCCGAAGCAAAACAAAUGCCGUGUAAGCAUAUGUUUCAUUCAGAUUGUAUUGUCCCGUGGUUGGUUCAGCAUAAUACCUGCCCUGUUUGCCGUCAAGAAUUGCCACCACAAGGAUCAAGCGGUCACCGUAGCUCAAGUAGAAAUGGUGGAAGAAGGAGAAAUCCUUUUUCCUUUUUGUGGCCUUUUGGCUCUUCUAAUUCUAGAAGUAACAAUAGAGCAAUGGAAUGAUGCUGAUUGCUCGGAGUGAAACCGUAUGAGAUCUGAGUCUGUCAGUCUGUAUUUGUUUUCUGAAGGUAUCAACUGUUUUUUUGUACAAACAGUUCGAAUUACAUAUAUUGUUUAAAUUAAUAUUUAUGUUAAUAUCACUUAAAGUAAA